AUCAUGGAUAAGCAACAAUACCAAAAUAUAAUUCAAUAUCUUGCUAACUUCACUUAUCCAGAAAAUUGCGAUACCUUUAAAUGGAAACAAAUUCAACGAUUAUCAACCUAUUACAUUGUUAAAAAUUCACAAUUAUACAAACCAACCAAAGAGGGAUUAAAAAGAGUAAUUACACAAGAACAAGUGGAA